ACGUGACGCAUGCUCUGUACGGUGGAUGUAAACAUUGGAGCUGCCCUUUUGUUGGCACGAGCUGGCUGUCGAUUUGUGUACACGUAUUCGGCUCGAUGGGUUGUUUGGACGUGGAGCUGUUGCCUGGUGGAAUCAGCUAGCUAACUAGCAGACUCGGCCUAAAAAUAAAUCCGAAACCAGGCCAUUGAACUUGUUUAAAUUCAAUUGCGCAAGUCUGUGCUGUUGUACUUUGGUCAAUGGAAAGUUAAUGUUUAUCCCCCAGGGUUGAAAACGCGACUAGGCACGGUGGCGACUGAUAAGGUUGCAGGCAAGCUGAGUUCUACUCUCUCAUGGGUGAAGAACUCCAUGUCACACACGGUUAGUCAGAUGGCUAGCCAGGUCGCCACCUCGUCUGUCCAGGUGGCAACGGUGCCCUCGUCCCUGCAGACCACCACAGCCGCCUCCUCAACAUCCCUCUCCCCGUCUCCCACGUCGGCAUCUCCCGCUAAGCUCAGCCCAGAUGAACUGGAACUGCUCGCCAAGCUGGAGGAGCAGAACAGGUUGCUGGAGACGGACAGUAAGUCCCUCCGCUCUGUGAACGGCUCCAGGAGGAACAGCGUCUCCAGCCUGGUGUCCAGCUCCUCGGCCUCCUCCAAUCUGUCUCACCUGGAGGAGGACUCCUGGAUCCUCUGGGGACGCAUCGUUAACGAGUGGGAGGACUUCCGCAAGAAGAACGAGAAGCAGCUCAAGGAUCUGGUCAGAAAAGGGAUCCCCCAUCACUUCCGAGCAAUAGUAUGGCAGUUGCUAUGCAACGCCCAGAACAUGCCUAUCAAAGACCAGUACUCUGAGCUGCUGAAAAUGACAUCACCAUGUGAGAAGCUGAUUCGCCGGGACAUCGCCCGGACGUAUCCUGAGCAUGACUUCUUUAAGGAGGACAGCUUGGGACAGGAAGUACUCUUCAAUGUUAUGAAGGCCUACUCUCUGGUGGACCGGGAGGUCGGCUACUGUCAAGGAAGUGCUUUUAUCGUCGGACUGCUUCUCAUGCAGAUGCCAGAAGAGGAGGCGUUCUGUGUGUUUGUGAAGCUGAUGCAAGACUACAGACUGAGAGAACUGUUCAAGCCCAGUAUGGCUGAACUGGGUCUCUGCAUGUAUCAGUUUGAGUAUAUGAUCCAGGAACUUCUCCCAGACCUCCAUAUCCACUUCCAGGCCCAGAGUUUCCACACCUCUAUGUAUGCCUCUUCCUGGUUCCUCACCAUCUUCCUCACCUCAUUCCCUCUCCCUGUUGCCACCAGGAUCUUUGAUAUCUUCAUGUUAGAGGGUCUGGAGAUAGUGUUCCGCGUGGGGCUGGCCAUCCUACAGAUGAAUCAGGCAGAACUCAUACAGCUUGAUAUGGAGGGAAUGUUACAGUACUUUCAGAGGGUCAUUCCCCACCAGCUGGAAAGUGGACCAGACAAGGUCAUCCUGGCUGCUUAUAAUGUCAAGUACAACGCCAAGAAGAUGAAGAAGUUGGAAAAGGAAUACACUACAAUCAAAACUAAGGAGAUGGAGGAGCAGGUGGAGAUUAAGAGGUUGCGCACAGAGAACCGACUGCUGAAACAGAGGAUAGACACACUGGAGAAAGAAAGUGCUUCAUUGGCAGAUAGAUUGAUCCAGGGACAAGUGACACGUGCCCAGGAGGCAGAGGAGACCUACCUGGUCAUGCGGGAGCUGGCCACGGUCAGGCAGCAGAGCGAAGAGGCCACAGCUCAGCUGGAGCUAGCACAGAGCACCAUCAGGGAUCUCCAGCAGAGACCCCUAUUGAAGGGCAUCCCGCGCUACACAGAGGAGUCCAUCCUGCAGCUGGAGAGAGAGCUGGUUCAGGCCAGGCUAAAGGAGGCUGAGUCCCAGUGUGCCCUCAAGGAGAUGCAAGACAAGGUCCUGGACAUAGAGAAGAGGAACACAUCUCUGCCAGAUGACACCAACGUGGUGCGGUUGCAGGAGGAGCUGAUAGCAGUGAAGCUGAGAGAGGCUGAGGCUGUGAUGGGGCUGAAGGAGCUCAGACAACAGGUCAGAGACCUGGAGGAGCACUGGCAGCGUCACCUGGCGCGUACGGCGGGCCGCUGGAAGGACAACCCUAGGAAGAAUGCUGUGUCUGAGCUGCAGGAUGAGCUGAUGAGUGUCAGGCUACGGGAGGCUGAGGCCCAGGCAGAGCUCAGAGAGACACGUCAGAGGAUGAUGGAGCUGGAGACACAGAACCAGAUCCAUAGCAACCAACUGCGUCGGGCAGAGCAGGAGGGGCGGGGCUUUCAGGAGCGUGUGACUGUGCUGACGGCCCAGAAUAAGGGCCUACACGUUCAGCUGCAGGAGAUCAAACGCAAACAGGCAGAGAUUGAGUGCAAGAACAAGGAGGAGGUGAUGGCGGUGAGGCUGAGAGAGGCUGACAACAUCGCUGCCAUGGCCGAGCUGCAGCAACAGAUCUCUGAACUGGAGAUACAGAAAGAAGAAGGGAAGGUCCAGGGCCAGCUGAACAACACAGACUCCAGUCAGUACAUCAGAGACCUGAAGGACCAGAUAGCUGAACUCAAACAUGAGGCUGACCCAGAUCCGCUGCCUAAAAGGCCAGAGGGGGAGCAGCAUGUCCAAUCAGCCCGCUUUUGAUGGGAUCCACAUUGUCAAUCACUACAUACCAGAUGAUGAGUCGUACCACUCCUCGGACGAAGACACAGGUGUAGGCAAGACCCCCUCCCACCUGGACCAUCAGCACAGCAGCAUCAGCCGCAUCAGGCUGAACCCCUCCCUGGGUCUUGGGGACACUGACAGUGAGGGGGAUGAUGAUGGGCAUGGUCUGGUUCUCUCUGUGCCUCCCAUUGGCAUCCACAAACACACCACCGUGUGACUGGGUGAUGGACACCAUCGCUAGACGCCUGGAGGCUGAUCAGGGCAGUUCUGAUCUGGUACAGUGGGACAGAGGGGUUGUCCAUGGUAGCAAGCCACUCUUCAGGAGAAUGGCGUCUGACUGGGACUCCAAUGUAGGGAGCUCCUUUCAAUGGAAUCUUUGGAAGCAUGGGAUAGAAUGUGUGGGCUUUGUCAACAAGUGAAGUCGUAGCAGAAUCACACCUGUGGUGGAGUUGGUUUUUUUCUUUGUCCGUUGCGUCAGUCUGCUUUACUCUUGUUUCGCCAAAACCCACCUGAAGAGGAUCAUAUCCAUGUGUUGCUCUGGUCUGGACCCCAGGCAGGCAGAUCAGAGAAGGACAACAUGGAGGUUCAAGUAGCCGCCUGUGCUCCACGAAGCUAGGCUGACCACCAGGGGAGUGGACUGGGGUUACCCUGUCCAGGGUGACCCCACCCAGACAACCAAACUACAGGAACUCCUUCAACCCCACAACCAACCAUGGUACAACAGACACAACACACAGAGACUGUGCAAUAAAAUGUUUUAUGCUUUAUGAUGACUGACACUUCUUUCAAUCAGUUUAUUUUUUUAUCGCUUUUAUAAGUGGACAAUCAAAAAUGUAUAGAGCCCUUUUGUGUGGGUGUCUUUAUAUCAGGAGAGAAUAAUGUACUGAAGAGUGAUGAAUGUCUCUAUUGAACAUGGUUAAUGAGCCCCAGUAUCAAACAGAAAGUGUCAACAAGCAUUAGGGUCGUAUUCACUAGACAGCAAACAAAGAAAAAAAAAGAAGGACCAAAAAAGGGAGGGACUAGUGUUAACAGCUGAUAUGUCCCCCAUCAGGGGACUAUAUACUAAAUAGAUUUUUAGACCAAGGAGUUGGAAAUGGAGCUUGCAGUUCCUCCAGGAACGGUGUACCACUUCUCUAAAAAAAUUUAAAAAAAAAAAAAAAAAAAUGUUUUUGUUUCAAAACUUGCCGUUUGCAACAAUGUGCACGACCUAGGUUGACAUAAUGUUGGCUCGUUGGCCUUGAGACAUACAACCUGUUUAUCAUCAGGCCUGGUAUAGGCCUAUCCAAAGGUCAAUUUGAAUCCUGUAUACUCCGUAUAUAUGUAAUUGUUUGUUUUUCAUGUCCAUUUUGACUUGAAAAUAUGUAUCUAAUGAAUUAUUGCAUAUCUGUUUAAUGUAGGAUGCGGCUGAAAGGGACAUAUCACUCUAGUUGUCAAGAUGCACAGAACUGAUUAGCAGACAUUUCUUUCAGAUGUGGGCUGUGUUCCAAUUCUCCACCCUUCUCCAGAAGUGAGCACUUGUUCACGUGCCCUCAUGCAUUUAAAGGCAUUGGAUUGGUGCAAGCAAGCAUGAAGGGAGUUUCCACCAUAUUCCCUACACCAGUGCAUUUCUUUUAUAUCUAUGAGGGGGAGCGUACAAAUGCACUCUUCGGAAAAGGGGUAGAGUAUGGGAACGUAUCCACAGUCUCAAUGUUCUGUAGAUGUUUUCAUAUAUCCUACUUUUCUCUGUUGGGACAAUCUUACUUUUGGAGGAAGGACGGAUUUGUAUAGGAAGGACGGACUAUGUAUAGCUAUGUAUAGCUUGCCAUUUGGCAUGCAUCAUAAGAAAUGUGCUGUUUGUUUCCUCUGUGAAUGAAGCAAAGUGUAUUGUCAAGUGUUACCAAACUGUAGGAGGGGUUGUAUAAGCUGGUCUCAGAUCAGUUUGUGCUGUAUAGCCUAUAACUCGUAUGGUCAUUGUGAUGCCUUGGCAUGACAGAUCUGGGACAAUGAUGGCAUUUUAAACAGUAGGCUCUGCCUGCCAGAUAAAUAUGCACCACUUGGUUUCAUAAAGGUUGAUGUUGAUCCAUUAUCAGGGUUAGCAGAACCCUAAAACAGACAACUUCUCUAGGUUGACAGGACCUGCGCCUUUUACCCCAGAGCCUUCGUAGCAUUAAGAUAAUCCUUACAACCUUAUUACUAUGUAUAUUUAAUAGCCACGGUGUUUCCCUGAGCCUGCGUUAGUAACGUGGCUCUUAAAAACCUUUGCACAUCUACGAGUGAUCCAGACUACUCGUAGAGCAGUCAAAGUGCAUCGUUAGAUGUAUUUUUGCCCUUCCGCGUCACUUUAUUCACAGAUCUCCGCUAAAAAUCUCCUAAACAUCAUGAUUCUAUUGGUCUGAUUGUAACUGCCGAUAACUUCAGAAGGACGUUAGUUGACUACAAAUACAAAGUUGCCAAAGUAUUUCUAAUUGUUGCAAACAAAUUAAAACCGAUAUUAUUACACAUAUUAUUACAUGGACAACAGAGCCUAUAAUUAGGCUAUUUUAAUCUUAUUGAAAUCAAUUUCAUGUUCAAUCAGUUGAGUUCUAGUUUGCGACUAGGCUACAAUUUGAAAUGUUUGCCUCUGUGACAACGUGUGUAAUGAUAUGCCCAAUCUGUGAUUUCGUGCAUUAUUAUAAGCAUAAUAAACCGUGUCGCCUUCAAUCGCCAUAGGUGGUGAUCUCUCAUCAGUAUUGUGGCAUAAUUAUGUUAAAAUAAGAUUUGAAUGGAGAAAGCUGAUCCGAGCGCUGUUUUUCUUUCUAUCCUAUCAGUCUCGACACAUGGUCUCUUUACGUGCUUGUUUGGGGAACACUUAAAGUUGGCUUGUAAAUAACGAUGCAUUCGGUACAAUCAUCGUAAUGCUUAAAUUACAUCGCAACUUGGAAAUGAGGCCCACAACAAUGGACAUCUCAUAAUUGCUAGAUUUUUAAACGUUUUUAAAGCAGUGGCCCUUUAAGACAUUAGAACCAAAAACCUAUCAGCCAAGUCUCGGCAAAAUAUUUAUAUCCAGAACGCACGGACUCAUUGUUCAGAAGAGGUUUUGUGAUACUGAUGUGCUUGCUAUUCCUUAGUUGGUUGAGGACAACGAUGGAUGGAAUAUUUGGAAAGGCAUCAUGACGCAGUUUUGGCACUUUCAGAGAAAGACAAUAUAAUGCAGUAAAGAGAAGUCUACAUGGAGUAAUAACACUAUGGAAUAAUCAUUACCACACUCUGAAAACAUGUAUGUGAAAUGAAUGUGUUUGAGUUCACAAAUAAACUAUUUGAUAAACA